AUGAAGCGCAUGACCUGGGCCCUGCAUUUGGCCAAACAACCCGUUCGGUGUUAUAGCAAAAAGAAAGGACCCGAUCCGCCCAAGUGUGAUUGCAAGAAGACCGGUGUAUGUAACUGCGGUCCCAACUGCAAAUGUCCCGACUGCCCUUGCAGGAAGAAACAAUUGAGACCGUGUCGCAAUGGACCCAGCCCGCCCACAGAUCGGGACCCACCUAACGGCUAUGCACCAGAAGGCGUAACGAAUCCGGCCUUUAAGUUACCAAAUUUCGUCAGCCCCGCAGUUAUUCGACCACUUAAAGAGUCUGAGGUACUGGGACCCCAUGCAGGAAAAUGUGAUACGUAUAAGAAUCCUGAAUUCUUUAGCUAUCACCGCUUUUCCUAUCUUGAGCUGAAGGAGUUGACCAAUAAGCUUCGGGCAUGCUCCGCGUCCCCUGCCAAGAGCGGCAAAAUGUCGCUACGCCAAUGUACAAUCUGUGUAAUGAAGCAACUCAAUAGUCCGUUUGUGCGAUCCAAUCUAAUAAACAGAAUAGGAUUGCCAGCUACAUCAUUCGCAUCUCUGCAUGCACGAAUGUUCAGUGAUGACAAAGAAAUCAAAAAGUGUAUGGAAAAAGCAGCUCAAAAGAAGAAAUGCAAAGAAGAGGCUCUAAAGAAAAAGUGCAAGGAAGCGGCGCAAAAGAAAAAAUGUGCGGAAGAAGCGCAAAAGAAAAAGUGUCAGGAAGAGGCUCUAAAGAAAAAGUGCAAGGAAGAGGCUUUGAAGAAAAAGUGCGCCGAAGCGGCUCAAAAGAAAAAGUGCGAAGAGGCGGCUAAAAAGAACAAGUGCGGAGGAGCGUCUAAAAAGAAAUAA